CACAUGUCAGGGUAAGGAAUAGCGCUCUUACAGAAAUGGGAAAAUGAUUCUGUACCUCCAUGUUCCCAAAAAAUGUUUUCUGGCCUAAAUGAAAGAAGCUGUAAGUAACCGUACUGUAGUGUUUAGUAACAGCCCUUCUAAGGACAUGUUUAUAUGUUUAUUGCUAUGCAGCACUGCUGACACUAGAGGGCAUCCUCUACAGCAGUGCAGGGAGAAUCCGAGAGUAUUCUAGGAUUCUAUGGUUAUGACACUUUCCAUGUGGAGCCAGCUAGGCAGUUUUGCAGGCUGUUGAAUAAAAGCGAUAACCAAAGCCUUCUGUGUGUGUGGGUCAAGAUUCUACACUUACAACAUACAGUCAUUACACAUGUUCAACUGUUUUAAAGUAAUUUGUAAAUGUGAUUUCUAUUGUGUAUCUGGCUGUUCAUUAUCUCUGCACUUCAGGUUCUGACUCCUGAAACAAUGAAGCAGUAGCCCGCUGAUAAACAGAGCACAACCUUGAUCAGCCCACUCAUGAAAUUGGAAUUCUUCCCUCUGGUUAGCAGAAUAUUCAGUGAAAGAUGAGUCCAGAGAGACUUUUUAUAAAAAAUAAAAUGUGAAUAAGAAUGAACCCGAACGAGACGAUGACAAGUUUGUAGCGUGUGAUUCAGAAGAGCAGUUUGGGCUGGACAAUAAAGAAGAUUGGGGUCCCUAUCUGAAAGGAUUUAUCUGGGAUGUGCAACCUGUGCUCCUCCGAUUGGACAACAACUCCCAAGAUGUCGAGAGCUGCAGUUCAACAAUAGCAGGAAGGUGAGGCAUUGGACAUAGAUCAUGUAAAUACUGGAAAUAUCUAUUCAUUUCUACACAUGUGUCUGUUGGACUCAACUCAAAUCCAUGUUAAAUAUCAGCCACGUUUGGACAAUAAAUCACCCUUGGUUCAACUACAACUCCCUUGAAAUCUGUCACGUGCCAUUUUAGGAAUGAGGGGGGGGGUGACUCAUACAAACUGCCUGCUGGAAAGCAGUCAAAUGAAUGUUAUUAUACAGGAAGAAGAAUAUUCUCAGCUGCAACCGGGAGCUUGUGCCCCACCCAUAGGAGCCCUGUGUGCAAAGAUCAGAGCCGGGUGCUGCACGAGAAACUGGUCUUCUCUUUGGCUAAACCUCUAUAAAAACCAGGGCUGGAUUAUCCCAGGGACUGACGUCUAAUGACUUAUUUCCAUCUCCGUACUGGAUAUUCUUCAAUCAGAACCUGCCCGUUACUGAGGCUCAGAUGUUGCUCGGCAUCUCAGAUGAUAAACCACAUUGGGUGAAGGUAACCGGGUCGCCACCAAACUGAUGAAAGCCACCGCCAGAGGAAAACUCCAGAGAUUGGACCCCAGCACUGGCCAGUAGGGAUCUCAACAGGUAGGAAGUUGCAUGAAAAGACUGAUUGGUGGCUGCAACUCUUUCUAUUUCAUCUCUGUGGCAGAGCUUUUUUCUGUCCAUCCAACCAUCAUUCAAGACCUUCCUCCGCGGUUCCAUUGUAGCAGCUGUAUAAAAUCUGUCCUGAUAUCAGGAAAUUUUAAUCGCCAUCUGAACCAUGUGAACUUUACAACGCACAAGUUGGAUUUUGCUGCAUUUGCUACUGGACUUCAUAGAUACAACGUAUGAUCUCAUUUCGUUCCUGCAUAACCUGAUUGUGAAGUUGAGGGAAUGAAGUUGACUUGGCUGACAAAAUGUUUCCUUUGGGUGUGUUUUGGAUUGAUCUUGGCAAGAUCUUUAUGCAGCGCCCGUGCCUUACUGUAUCCCACAAUCUGUAUAGUCCCGGUGAACGGGUCACCAAUAGUGAUCAAAUGUGAGUUGGAAAAAAGCUGUGUGAUCAAUAAGGCAGAUCUUUGCCCCCACAAAGCAUGUGCAGAUUUCCCCGUUCAAGCUUGUAUUGUCAAUGAGACCACCGUUAUGAUUAUCUUCCAAAUAAAUGAUCAACAAGAGGUCAAAGUAGAACAUGGAACUGAGCAGAGGGGCCUCACUGAGGUGGUGAACCCUAAAGAAUACAAAGAAUGCAAGCAUUCCGUGGAGGAGCGCCCAACAGGCCCAACCAGCCACGGAGACCCUAAUGCAGGUCCCGAAGAAUCAGGAAAGAGAACUUUCUGGCGUGGAGUUAUCCUACCUCUGAUUCUGUUUCUGAGUCUGAUGAUUGUUGGUGGACUGGGCUAUCUUUUUAGGAAGAAAAUAGGACAAAUAUUGGAGAAUCUUCCAGCCACACAAAAUGGUCUCAAUGGGGAAGGUGAACUUAACCCUGAACAAGAAAGUCACAAUGAUCGGCACGUGGAGCUGCAGCCUGAGAACAAGGUCGCACUCCUGACAGUGGUAUAGCCGUGCGCUGGCACAGAAAUCAAUUCAUCAUUUUACCGCUUUUAAAUCUCUGGGGCAAAAUGAUCAAUUGCUUCAGCUUAGGCAGGGGCUGCUUUAAGGGGCAGUAUUCCUCCUUGUUCAACACGAGUGCUGCGAAUAGGGCUUGUGUUGAACAUAUUCUUUCCCUGUUGUUUUAAUAAUGACAAUUCCUUCUUUUUUGUUAUUUCUUGUGUCAAACAUGGAGACUGAAGCUCCUCCAUGUCUGCUCCUUGCUAGGCAGAUACUUAGAUUCCCAGUAGAUUCCCAAUAUAAAACCUCCUUCUUUACCCCCUCUGCUGUGACUGCUUUUACAAUUCCAGUGCUCUGAAUGAUAAAAGCAAAACAUCUGAUUGGUUGUGACUUGUUACAAGAUACUGCAAGUUUGAGCCCUUGUUUUGUAGAACAAAUUGUCUAUACCAGGUACAUGUGUAGAAAGUAUUACUUUUUUUUUCCUUUUUUUGUGCACUUUGCAAGACUAUCUUUAUUGGUGGUGGGCAAAACAGACAUGAUGGGGCCCAUUUAUUAGGUAAUGCAUGGGCCUUCUGCUGCUAAAACUGCUUGAACUGCUUGAACCCCCUCAGUAUCUCUCUGCAGCUUGGGUUUUAUUAAUGCAAUUGGAUAGUACUAAGUUUAUUAUUGUUAUUAUUAAUAUUUUUAUUAUACCCACACUAUUUAUCGAAUUCUUCAAUAAUGUGUAUUUUUGUGAAUCCAGCACAUGAAGUGAGUGAAGGACAAGUUGACAUGCAGCCUGAGCCAAAACCCCUGGAUCAGAAGAUAUUCUUAGUAUCUGACUCCUGGUUGCCCUGUGAGCUUCCUUUGGUGAAAAAAGGAUUUCUCCAUUCUGGGAGCUAUUCUCUAUUCAAGGAUAGGUCAGAAUGUUUGAGAGAGGGUCAGUGGGUGCAAGGUGAAGGUGGGAGCUGGAUUGUGCACUUGGUGCUUUAGGAGCUACAAAGUAGGGAUGCACCGAAUCCACUAUUUUGGAUUCGGCCGAACCCCCGAAUCCUUUGCGAAAGAUUCGGCCGAA